AUGAACCACAUUCUCUGUGAAUGCCAAAGGGUUCCUCACUGCCCCGACCAAGAUCUUAAGGAAGCAAAUAGCACUGCCCUACAGUGGACACGGUUUUGGCGGCUCAAUGAAAAUGCUGCUGAUACUGCGAUAGCUGACUACAUCAACAAUGGAUACAAAGUAAUUUUAUCUAACCAAGACCAGUGGAAUCUAAACUGCGUGACCAGCACAUGGAUAGGUGAGAAGGCUAACAACUGCCCACAGGUAACACCUACAUGGGAAAACUUCUAUAGUAACAGUCCUUUUGAUAUUCUUUCCGACCAAGGAGUCACCAUUGCUCGGUCUGACCUUGUUGGCAGCCAACAGUCCAGUAACCUAAGGGACCUUGUUCUUGGAGGAGAAGCAACCCUUCAGAGUCACGAAAUCGACAACAAUGGUCUCCAGUCUAAAAUCUGGCCCCGCCUCUCCGCCUUCGCUGAGAGGCUUUGGACUGAUCCUAUCGACAGUGGCUUCCUUGAUACUGGCUUUACUCAAAAGAGACUCAAUAUUCAACGUACGAGGAUGGUCUUCCGUGGUAUCCGGGUUGACCCUCUCCAGCCUGAGUACUGCAUGCAGGAUGAAAGUGCCUGCUACAGCAAGGAGCAGUAUCGCGCCCGUAAAUCUCCUGGUAACUAG